UCUAUAUAUAGAGAAACAUAAUUAAAUAUCCUAGUGAGAGAAAUAGUCCCUCGUAAACGGAAAGUAACGUAAUCGACGCUUUCACGAGAUUCGUACUUUGAUACAAAUAUAAAUAUAUUUAUAUAUAGAUAUAGAGAGAGAGUGACCAGAAAGCAAAGUUAGCUUUAGCUACCUAGCAUAUAUACACGUACACUGUAUACAAGCUUAGAAAGAGAGAGAGAGAGAGAGAGAAUUCAAUUGAUCAUCUACAUUCCGUGUGUGUUAAGAUUUCACGAUAUAUUCAAAAAUUGAUGAACUGGAUUGCUUUACGCAAAAUCACGGUUUAAUUCCGAUUUAAGAAGCAUAAUAAUGCCAGAAAUUGUUGGAAUUCACGAUCACGAAAGAACAAAACGAUAUUAUUUUGAGGCAUCUGAGGAUGAGAAGAGAAGAACUCGAAUUAGAUCUUUGAAAAAAAAGGCAAUGAAUGCUUCAACAAAGCUAACACAUUCGCUCAAAAGGCGUACUAGUAAACGAGUUGCUCAUUGUCGAUUUGCUUCCAUUUCAACUGAAGAUUUUCGAGAUGAGAAGGAAGAGGAAGCAGUGAAUUCAUUUCGCCAAGCGUUGAUGGAAAAGGAUCUCAUUCCUGCUCGUCAUGAUGAUUAUCAUACUAUGUUGAGGUUCCUAAAAGCAAGGAAAUUUGACCUUGAUAAGGCCAUGCUAAUGUGGUCUGAAAUGCUCAACUGGAGGAAAGAACAAGGAGUAGACACUAUUAUACAGGAUUUUGCCUAUGAGGAAUAUGAGGAAGUUCAGCGUUAUUACCCUCAUGGUUACCAUGGUAUAGACAAAGGGGGACGGCCCAUCUAUAUUGAAAGACUUGGCAAGAUUGAACCUACUAAACUUAUGAAUGUUACCACAAUAGAAAGGUUCUUAAAGUAUCACAUCCAAGGGUUUGAAAGGACUUUUGCUGAAAAAUUUCCGGCAUGUUCGAUCGCAGCUAGGAGGCAUAUAGAUUCAUCUACUACAAUCUUGGAUGUACAAGGACUGAAUUGGAGGAGUUUUGGGAAGCUUGCCCAUGAUUUGGUCAUGCGUAUGCAAAAGAUAGAUGGCGACAACUACCCAGAGACAUUGCACCAGAUGUUUAUUGUCAAUGCUGGAAAUGGGUUCAGAUUUCUGUGGAAUACUGUAAAAGGAUUUCUUGAUCCAAGGACAACAGCAAAAAUACAUGUAUUGGGAAACAAAUUCCAGAGCAACUUAGCAGAAGUCAUAGACCCCAGCCAAUUGCCAGAUUUUCUUGGAGGAACCUGCUCCUGCCCAAAUCCAGGUGGGUGUCUUAGGUCUGACAAAGGACCCUGGAAUGAUCCAGAGCUGAUGAAGCUGGUCCAUGCAUUACAUGGGGAAUCACUUUAUCCCUGGAGAAUUACUAGCUUCUCCGACAGUGAUAUCGAAAUCAAACCAGUUUCUCCCCAGUUACUAGACAACGAGAUUGGUUCUGCAGAACCUGAAGUGGAUGUGGGGAUCUCUGCUUACAGUAUCAUCCAAUCAAAACAACUUUCUGACAAAGUACCAGCUAGGAGAUCUGUUUCAUUUGGCAGCUUAGUUCAAGAAGAUUAUAGGCCUACGCUUGCAGCUGACGAUUUAAAUUCUCCAAAUAGAACUACUGUAUCAGUACAAAGAAGAUUGCCUGAGAAAUCUAUCAUUGGCUUGAUGAUUGAUAUGAUGGUCAAAUCACUUGCAUGGAUAUGCUUCUUGUUUCAUGGGGUGGGUAGGUUCUUUGUGAAGAACAAUGAUGCCAACAGAUUGGGAGAUGGGCAGAUAUCAGUGAGUGCAAGGUCUGCCGAGCAAAAUGUUUCUUCCCCAAAAAAGGAGGAUCUCCUCCAUCCAUGCUGUCAGAGGUUGCAACAUUUAGAGGAGGUGGUGGCUGAUUUGUUGAAGAAACCUACCACAAUUCCUCCAGAAAAAGAGCAUAUGCUGCAUGAUUCAAUGGACCGCAUAAAGUUCAUAGAGUAUGACUUGCAGAGGACGAAGAAAGCACUUCUUGCAACAGCAUCGCAACAAGUAGAGCUUGCUGAAUCCAUGGAAUCCUUGAAGGAGAACAGAUUAAAAGUGACAAACUCAUGUUGGCUGAGAGGCAGGCCUUCACGAUACAAAACCUAAUGGCAGCAUUGAUGCUUAGGUUGAGCUUUAGAUUUGUCAACAAUAUGGAUUCAACUCUUGUACAUACUCGAGACGAAGUUUUGCAGGUAAAAAGACCGUGCCGGAAAUAUACACAAUGGGUAAUUUUACGUGCAUCAGUUUCCACAUUCAGUGUCUUAAUAUACCUUACCACGUCCCUCCCUCUGAAGUGUCAUCUCUUUCCUGUUUCUUUCAGGCUGUUGAGUAAGCUUGCUAGAGUGUUGCACUCCGCCUCAUUUUUCUUUAGAGGCGGGAGUGUGAUGUUAUAGUUGGAUUACAUUCAUAUUUGUACAUAAUGUGAGCAAUUCUGGACAUUACUUACAUAAUUGCUGUACAGAACAACGACGAAUUGAAUGCAUAGCUAACACAUUUGUUGUCUGA